CCAGUCACAUUUGUAAGCUGCACUACAGUUCAAGAUGGAUUAGGUGUGCUUUCGCUGCAGUGUGUGAUCAUUUUUGUAGAGUGCUCGCAGCAUCAGUAAUAAUGAACAGUGCCGUUUGUCUGUAUUUAGUUUCCUGGGGGUUUGACAGGGAUGCGUGCUACCAAAGUUAUGCACAUCCAUGCCUUGAAUGAUUGUUUUAUGAUAAGAAGAACCCCUUCCUUUGCAUGUAGUAAUGGCAUUCGAACCAUUGAAGGAGGUGUAAAUAUUGAAAUUUGCAGCAAGUUAACCGCUUAUCUACGAACAUAUUAUUACAACUGCUGCACUGCGUGCCUUUCCCCUCUGACAUCGUUCUCUCCUGAAGUCCUGUUCUAAGGAGGCAUUGCCAUUCCUACUGUGACAGCUGGAUGUGCACUACAUGACCUAACUAAAAGGUCUUUGUCUCAGUGUGACUUUCCAAUCACAGCUGUGCACAAUCAAGACACCUUCACUGGACGUUUUCUGUGAUAAGGAAUUACUGGAGUUGCAAUUAAAGGCACAAUCUAAAAACUUUUACUUCUUCAAAGAAUCAACAAGACAUUGCUGGACGGUGAGACUACAGAGAGUCCAGUGGCGCCAUGCUGCGAGGACUGUUUCGGAGGAAACCUAAACAUGAGAGGCUGCAGGAGGAACCUGAAGUCAGAUAUAAAGGCUUGCAGGUGUCAGAGAGAGACCUGGAAUACACGUAUGUCCGACCCGGAGGCUCCGACUAUUCUCCACCUCCCCCCCUGCCUCGGCCUCCUCCCCCCGGCCUGACAAAUGAGCACAGUGAUGGCGGGAGCCAUGGCGACCAUGGUGGACGAGGGGGCGGGGUCAACCACGGGGUUGGCGUGGUGGGCCUGGCUCCAGAGCACAUCGCCACGCCGGGGGCGGCCCUGAGCUGGCAGGCCGCCAUCGAUGCUGCACGGCAGGCAAAGAUGAUGGGCAAUGCCGCUUCAGGUGGAGGGGCGGGCCUUGGUUCGGGAGGGGGCGGGCCCAUCUCCACGGCCAGCUCCACUCAACGGAAGAGACAACACUAUAGCUCCAAGCCUAAGAAACAGACAACGACGACAGCCACAAGGCCGCCACGGGCACUACUCUGUCUCACACUCAAGAACCCCAUUCGCAGGGCCUGCAUCAGCAUUGUAGAGUGGAAACCAUUCGAGAUCAUUAUCCUGAUGACCAUCUUCGCCAACUGUGUGGCCUUAGCCGUCUACAUCCCCUUCCCCGAGGAUGAUUCGAACGCCACCAACUCCAACCUGGAACGUGUGGAGUAUCUGUUCCUCAUCAUUUUCACAGUGGAGGCGUUCCUGAAGGUAAUAGCCUAUGGCCUGCUCUUCCACCCGAACGCCUACCUGAGGAACGGCUGGAAUCUACUCGACUUCAUCAUCGUAGUCGUAGGGUUAUUCAGCGCAAUCUUGGAGCAGGCCACAAAAGGGGACGGUGCCACUCCGAUUGGAGGGAAAGCGGCAGGCUUUGAUGUCAAGGCUCUGAGGGCAUUCAGAGUACUCAGACCCCUCAGACUGGUGUCAGGAGUACCAAGUUUACAGGUAGUGUUGAACUCCAUAAUCAAAGCCAUGGUUCCCCUGCUCCAUAUCGCCCUGCUGGUCCUCUUCGUCAUCAUCAUCUAUGCCAUUAUCGGCCUGGAGCUCUUCAUGGGCAAAAUGCACAAGACCUGCGUCCACGAGCAAACAGGCACCUUUGCAGAGGAAAAGCCAGCACCUUGUGCACCCGAUGGAGCUUAUGGUCGACAUUGUGCACACAAUGGAACAGAGUGCAAAAUGGGGUGGGAGGGCCCAAACGACGGCAUCACCAACUUUGACAACUUUGCCUUUGCGAUGUUAACGGUGUUUCAGUGCAUAACAAUGGAGGGCUGGACGGACGUGCUAUACUGGAUGCAGGAUGCUAUGGGCUAUGAGCUGCCAUGGGUCUAUUUUGUGUCUCUCGUCAUCUUCGGCUCCUUUUUUGUUCUCAAUCUCGUUCUGGGGGUGUUGAGCGGAGAGUUUUCCAAGGAGAGGGAGAAGGCCAAGGCACGCGGUGACUUCCAGAAGCUCAGAGAAAAACAGCAACUGGAGGAAGACCUCAAGGGCUAUUUAGACUGGAUCACUCAGGCUGAAGACAUUGACCCAGAGAAUGAGGAGGAGGGCUUGGAUGAUGACAAACCCAGAAACCUGAGCAUGCCAGCAAGUGAGAACGAAUCCGUCAACACAGACAAUGCCCCUGGGGGAGAUGUGGAGGGUGAGACCUGCUGUACUCGGCUCGCAAAUAGGAUCUCCAAAUCCAAGUUCAGUCGCUAUUCUCGAAGGUGGAACAGGCUAUGCAGAAGAAAGUGCCGUGCGGGAGUCAAAUCGCAAGUUUUCUAUUGGCUGGUCAUAUUCCUGGUGUUCCUCAACACUCUCACCAUUGCCUCUGAAUAUCACCAGCAGCCUCAGUGGUUAACUGAUAUACAAGACAUUGCAAAUAAGGUGUUGUUAGCUCUCUUCACUGGUGAGAUGCUGCUCAAGAUGUACAGUCUCGGCCUACAGGCCUACUUUGUUUCGCUCUUUAACCGCUUUGACAGCUUCGUAGUAUGUGGAGGAAUCCUUGAGACCAUUCUGGUGGAGACGAAGAUCAUGUCUCCUCUCGGCAUCUCAGUGUUGCGUUGUGUGCGCUUGCUAAGGAUCUUCAAAAUAACCAGAUACUGGAACUCACUGUCCAACCUGGUGGCCUCCCUGCUUAACUCUGUCCGCUCCAUCGCUUCCCUGUUGCUCCUGCUCUUCCUCUUCAUCAUCAUCUUCUCUCUCCUGGGCAUGCAGCUCUUUGGGGGGAAAUUCAACUUUGACGAGACCAGACGCAGCACCUUUGACAACUUUCCUCAGUCUCUGCUCACCGUGUUCCAGAUCCUAACAGGAGAGGACUGGAACUCUGUCAUGUAUGAUGGCAUCAUGGCAUAUGGUGGGCCGUCCUUCCCCGGCAUGCUGGUCUGCAUCUACUUCAUCAUCCUCUUCAUCUGUGGAAACUAUAUCCUGCUGAAUGUCUUCUUGGCCAUUGCUGUGGACAAUCUGGCAGACGCUGAGAGCCUGACAUCUGCCCAGAAAGAAGAGGAAGAGGAGAAGGAGAGGAAAAAACUGGCCAGACUCGCGAGCCCAGAGAAGCGUCAAAACAACGAGAAGCCGCCUCUGGAGGUGGAGAAGAAAGAGAAAAAAAAAGAGAAAAUAGAGCUGAAGUCCAUCACUUCAGACGGAGAGACCAACACCGCUACUAAAAUCAACAUGGAUGACUACUGUGGAGAUGAGAGUGAGGAGAAGAAUCCAUAUCCUGCAAAUGAUUACAUAGGAGAUGAAGAUGAGGAGGAGCCAGAGAUGCCGGUGGGCCCGAGACCACGGCCACUCUCUGAUAUUCAACUUAAGGAGAAAGCUGUUCCCAUGCCAGAGGCCCGUGCUUUCUUCAUCUUCAGCCACACUAACCAAUUCCGGGUUCUGUGCCAUAAAAUCGUCAACCACAACAUCUUCACCAACCUCAUCCUCUUCUUCAUCCUGCUCAGCAGCAUCAGUCUGGCAGCAGAGGACCCUGUCAAGAAUGACUCUUUUAGAAACCGGAUCUUGGGCUAUGCAGAUCACGUCUUCACUGGACUCUUCACUAUAGAGAUCAUUCUUAAGAUGACAGCCUAUGGAGCCUUCCUCCACAAAGGUUCAUUCUGUAGAAACUAUUUCAACAUUCUGGACCUGGUGGUGGUCAGCGUGUCCCUCAUCUCCUCUGGAAUACAGUCGAGUGCCAUAAACGUGGUGAAGAUCCUGAGAGUUCUGCGAGUGCUCAGACCUCUACGGGCCAUCAACAGAGCCAAGGGACUAAAGCAUGUAGUGCAGUGUGUGUUUGUGGCUAUUAGAACUAUCGGCAACAUCGUCAUCGUCACCACGUUGCUCCAGUUCAUGUUUGCUUGUAUUGGAGUACAACUCUUUAAGGGCAAGUUCUUCACUUGCACCGACAGCUCCAAACACACUGAGGCAGAGUGCAGGGGCUCCUACAUCAUGUAUAAGGACGGAGACGUGGGGAAGCCUGAAAGAGCCUCGAGAAUCUGGGAAAACAGUGACUUCAACUUUGAUGACGUCCUGCAAGGCAUGAUGGCUCUGUUUGCCGUGUCUACUUUUGAAGGCUGGCCAGGGUUACUGUACCGGGCCAUAGAUUCUCACGCUGAGGAUGUUGGGCCCAUCUACAACUACCGUGUGGUUAUCUCCAUCUUCUUCAUCAUCUACAUUAUUAUCAUUGCCUUCUUCAUGAUGAACAUCUUCGUUGGUUUCGUCAUCGUCACAUUCCAGGAGCAAGGAGAGCAAGAAUAUAAGAACUGCGAGCUGGACAAGAACCAGCGUCAGUGUGUGGAAUACGCCCUGAAGGCUCGUCCAUUGCGCCGCUACAUCCCAAAGAACCCCUACCAGUACAAGGUGUGGUAUGUGGUCAACUCCACCUACUUUGAGUACCUGAUGUUCACACUCAUCCUCCUAAACACCAUCUGUCUGGCCAUGCAGCAUCAUGGGCAGACCAAAAAUUUCAAUGAUGCCAUGAACAUCCUCAACAUGCUCUUCACUGGACUCUUCACUGUGGAGAUGAUCCUGAAACUGAUUGCCUUCAAGCCAAGGGGAUACUUUAGUGAUCCCUGGAAUGUGUUUGAUUUCCUCAUCGUAAUUGGCAGCAUAAUAGACGUCAUUCUCAGUGAGAUUAACCCAGCUGACUCCUCCUCGUCCUCGUCCUCCUCCUCUUCGUCCUCCUCCUCCUCUUCCUCUUCUCACCCCCCUGUGGUAAGGCCAAUGGUACGCUCCGACGGUAACCUCGUCCGCCUCCCCACCUCCUCUACCAUCCCUCCAUCCCUCCAUCCUUCCAUCCCUCCUCCUGCUACGCCGUCCAUGGGACUGCAGAACUCUGAAGAGAACGCCAGGAUCUCCAUCACCUUCUUCCGGCUGUUCCGCGUGAUGAGGCUGGUGAAGCUGCUGUCUCGCGGGGAAGGGAUUCGGACCCUGCUGUGGACCUUCAUCAAAUCCUUCCAAGCUCUGCCAUACGUAGCUCUUCUUAUAGUGAUGCUAUUCUUCAUAUACGCUGUCAUCGGAAUGCAGAUGUUUGGUAAGAUAGCACUGCGGGACCACACUCAGAUCAACAGGAACAACAAUUUCCAGACGUUCCCUCAGGCAGUGCUGCUGCUCUUCAGAUGUGCAACAGGUGAAGCGUGGCAGGAGAUCAUGCUGGCGUGCUCAACCUAUCGGCCAUGUGAGAAGGGAUCGACGAAUGAGAACAGCACAACCAACGAGGACUGUGGCAGCCAGUUUGCAAUCAUUUACUUUGUCAGCUUCUACAUGCUCUGUGCCUUUCUGAUCAUCAACCUGUUUGUGGCCGUCAUCAUGGACAACUUUGACUACCUGACGCGUGACUGGUCGAUUCUGGGGCCACAUCAUCUGGACGAAUUCAAAAGAAUCUGGGCUGAGUACGACCCAGAAGCUAAGGGGAGGAUAAAGCACCUUGAUGUGGUGACUCUGCUGCGGAGAAUCCAGCCUCCCCUUGGCUUUGGAAAGCUUUGUCCGCACAGGGUGGCCUGCAAGCGUCUGGUGUCAAUGAACAUGCCUCUGAACAGCGAUGGAACAGUAAUGUUCAACGCCACACUGUUUGCCCUGGUCAGAACUGCACUCAGGAUUAAGACAGAUGGCAACCUAGAGCAAGCCAAUGAGGAACUGAGGGCAAUCGUGAAGAAGAUAUGGAAGAGAACCAGCAUGAAACUCUUGGAUCAAGUAGUGCCCCCUGCUGGUGACGAUGAGGUCACGGUCGGGAAGUUCUACGCUACCUUCCUCAUACAAGAAUAUUUCCGCAAGUUUAAGAAGAGGAAAGAACAAGGGCUUGUGGCCAAGGUGCCUCCCAAAACUGCCCUCUCUCUGCAGGCGGGCCUGCGGACGUUGCAUGAUAUUGGUCCAGAGAUUCGGAGGGCCAUCUCUGGAGACCUGACUGUGGAGGAGGAGAUGGAUAAAGGUCUGAAGGAGCCCGUGUCGGCCGUUUCUGAGGACGAUAUCUUCAGGGUAAAGCGGACGGGUGGGUUAUUUGGCAACCACGUCAACUACUACAACCAGAGCGAUGGCCACGGAUCUUUCCCGCAGUCCUUCACUACCCAGCGUCCUUUGCAUAUCAGCCAGAAGGGCUCACCUUGCGAAGGUGAAAGCCCGUCCCAUGAGAAGCUUAUGGACUCGACCACCUUCACCCCUUCCUCUUACUCCUCAUCAGGCUCAAAUGCCAACAUUAACAAUGCCAACAACACUGGCAUGGUCGGCGUUACAACCCAGGGCAUCAGUCGAUUCCCAAGUCCGUCUAUAAGCACUGUGGACGGGCACACAGGACAGCCACUCACCCCCAUCCUGCUGCCAAGAUCUGCAUGGUGCUUUCCUCCAAAGAGGACGUGUUUUUAUGACAACCUCAUGCGCUCGGACUCGAGUGACAGCCAUCUGCCAAUCAUAAGAAGAGGGGAGGAGUCAAUGGAGGAGACGUACGAUGAGAGCUACGUCGACGACAGGGAGUACCACGAGGAUGACCACUCGCUCUCCUCUGACAUGCUAGUGUAUCAAGAUGAAACAUGUAAGCAGUUGACUCCCAUGGAGGAAGGAGAGGAGGUAGAGGACCGAAGAGGAGGAGGAGGAGGAGGGUGGCAGUCUCCCAGUGUCUUCCUCUGCCCCACUUCUCUGGUGCGGAGAUCAUCCUUCAACCUGGAGUGUCUCAGGAGACAGUCAAGGCCAGACGUCUCCCAGAAGACGGCUGUACCCUUGCACCUUGUACAUCAUCAGGCACUAGCAGUGGCAGGUUUGAGUCCUCUGCUAAGGAGGAGUCACUCACCGACUCUCUUCAGUCGGCUGUGCUCUACGCCUCCGGCCAGUCCCACAGCCCUUAGCAGUGAUGCCUCUUAUCAGCGAGUGCCCUUUCUGAGGCUAGAGGGUUCUAACUCCCUUGAAAAGCUCAAUACCAGCUUGCCCUCCGUCAACUGUGGGCCCUGGUACAGCGACAGUAACGGGAACAGCCGAGGGCCUAGUCCAAGUCCUAGUCCCACCCCCGGCGGCUCGGUGUCCAAUCAAAGACCACCUCGGCCGGUGUCGCUAACAGUGCCCUCGCUACUGAGGAAAGACUCCAGCUCACUGUCUCAUGGGAGUGCGGGCAGUCUGGUGGAGGCGGUGCUAAUAUCAGAGGGUUUGGGUCAUUUCGCUCAGGACCCGUCAUUCAUCGAGGCAACCAAGGCCGAGUUGGCUGAUGCCUGUGACAUGACCAUCGAGGAAAUGGAGCAAGCCGCGAACAACCUUCUCAAUGGCAGCACCCCCACAAACACCACGUCCAGCGCCUCCUCUCACUCACAGAACAGCCCCAAUGGCAGCGUCCUUCUCCACACAGCAGCAACAGCAACAGCAACAGCAACAGUGCACAGGGACCGAGCAGUCAGCUUGAGUCCCAGCGAGGGCGUUGGAGAGGCGGGAGGAAGCAGAAGCUCCGUCCAUGGGCCAUCCUCAAUGGAGGAACGGCAGGAGCUGCUAGCAGAGGAGAGAGGACAAGAAGAGGAGGAGGAGGAGGAGGAGGAAGAGGAGGAGGAGGAGGAGGAGGAGGAGGAGGAAGUGGUGGUAGAGAGGGAGGAGGAGGAGGAGCAACAUAGAAGCUCAGUUGUAAUUGGAGGUACGCGGCAGAGGAACAGCGGGCUGUUGGAGGACGAAGACAUGGAGUGUGUGACUAGUUUGUAGGUAUCAGCUCGAUGGGUUCAAUCGGCUGACUGGCCCUUCUGACGUCAUCAGAGACUGACGCUUGUCAGCGCUGGGUAACAGCGCCGCAGCUGGCUCUGUCUGUCCCCACCUCUCACACACACACACACACACACACACACACACACACACUGUCUGCCUCUCUGCCAGACGUGACUGCUCUGGACAAUGGCCGCCAGUGACGCAAUCCUAAACACCUGGUUACGACUUUGUUGGUUUAUAUGAGUUUGUAUGUGUGUGUGUGAGUGUUUGCAGUAAAGUGAACCACACUAUACUCUAUACUCUCUGACUGUAUGCUUGUGUGUGUGUGUGCGUGUUUGGUCUAUGAUUUUCUCUAUUUGUACGUGUGUGUGUGUGCAUUCACCACACAUGUUUCAGUGUGUCUCUAAAGUGCCUCACAGUUUUAUCAUGUCCUCAAAAAUGAUGAGCAGCAGAGUAGAGACAAGCAAAAAAGACCAAGGAAAGUAGAGUGAAGCAAGAGUAGGAAGGAGCCAACAGAGGCGGGAAGUCCUUUUAUCGAUUUCCUGCCGUCUAUAAAGUGUGUUUAUGGAUUUCAUUUCCUAUGCCUACUUUGGUGUUGUGUUAUUGAUGUUUGUCUGGCCGCCAUUAAGCCUGGUAGGGGACAGCAGACCAGUUUGUGGACGGGGGUCAGUUGAGGAUUAAAAUCUAACCACAUCCACCUGUGGUCAAAGUUCCAACUCCUCAUUUCACUGAUGAUGAAGCGCUGUAUUGAGUAAAACAGAGGCGUGGAAAGCCCCCGUUUGAAAUGUAAUUUCUCCUCCUCUUCCAAAGCUAAGCUAAGAACCCUGGAGCACAGCCUUGCCAGCCUGGGAAUGGGAUUAAAGUGACACACCACCCUAAACCAAGGGAGGGAAAGAUUUGAGGGAUGAACCAACAGCCACAACUGGGCCGUGAACUGGGGGCCACGGGCAGCGGGAGACACUCUCUGGUCAGCAGGAAUCCACCCAGCUCUUGUUUUGUUUGUUUGUUCACUGGCCAAUAAUUGAGAGACAAACUCACCUCAUUAGUCACUAAGAUCUGGCUCCACCUCCUCUGCUGCUUUUCUUGUUUGGCCACGCCUGCUUCCUGCUGAAAACAGGAAAUGGGAGGAGCAUUUUGUGGCUAAGCAGAGACAGCGAGCCUCUUUUUUUUUUUUUUUCUGCCUCAUACCUCACCGUUCCUCACUCGUCCUCCCCUUCUCUUUGGUUACUCAAACAUCCCUCCCCCUCCAUCGCUGGGGUUUUGCGUUUUUUUAGCCCUCAGGGAGGCGUGUGUGCGUCCAGCGGGGCAACAAAGAUGGCAGGAUGGAGGAGAACAGAGGGAGUGACCAGUUGAAAACACAGCAGACCCGUGGCAUCGAUCUGCACAGGAUCUGCACGUCAAUCAAAUCCACUUCCUUGUCUAAGACCCUCCUCUUCCUCUCGGCGUGGAAUCCAACUGGAUUUGCCGCCACACACUCCCUCUCCACAGACCACGCCCACUAUGUAUUUAACAGUUCAAUAUUGUGCAAAACUGGCUAGCCAUGACUAUUUUUGUUUUAUAUUCAUGAUGUUAUUGGUUUAAUUUAUCCUUGAUUUGUUUGCACAAUCGGGGUGCUGGUCUUAUAAAUGUAUUUUUGCCUGGUUUAUUUUUUAGGAGAAUUUUAAGAGGUUUUAAGUAUCGAAGCAGGGCGUAGAGUUUGCGUGCAAGUGCAUAACUAUAUUUGUGUGUGUGUGUGUGUGGGUGUGUCUGCAUUUUAGUACAGGAUGUAUGUGUGUAUGAGUGUGUGAGAUCGGGGGGUGGGGUCUUUCUCUCUAUCAGUAUGCACCUUUUACAGAUUGUAUCUAUUUAUUUAUUUAUUUUUCUCAGAGGAGAAAAAAAAAAUGUGUGUGAGGAUAUGCGUUUGUGUGUGUGUGUGUGUGUGUGUGUUUGUCUGUGAAUGGCUGAAUGGUUACUUAAGUAUUUUAAAAAGCUGAUUUUAAGCCUAGACACUAAAGUAAGGUAGCAUUACAAGUAUGGUGUUUUGUGUGCGUGCGUGUGUGCGUGUGAUAAUGGGCCUCCUUAACACAGGGUUACCAUGGACAGGCAUGCUUCCAAAGCUAUGUUAUUUCUUUGACACAAUUAUUUACUUUUUAGCCAAGCUGCAGAGUCAGAGGCCACUUUAUGUAUUUUUAUUUGGAUUAUUAUUUUUUAAAUGUAAUUACUCAUUACUUGUAACUUUCCUUUAUAUUUCAUGUUUAAGUGGAAGGUUUCCAGUAAGGAGAGAGUGACAGUUAGUUUACAGAGUUGAUCGACGCUGCAGCUUGGCCAAAAGGUAAUAAGCCUUUGGGCAGUUGCUGCUUUUCAUCCUUCACGAAAUUGUUGCUCUAAAUGGUGGACGCGCCAAAUUCCUACUGCCACAGCGAUGCCUCGUGAAUGAACUGUUCAGCUACAACUCACUGUAAUCACGUUUUCCCUCAUGUGACGGUGGUUCAAACCUUCAAAUGAAUAAUUAUUAGGGCUGGUGUACAGAUGCUGCAGGACCUUUUAAAUCACACCUCUCUGUUGGAGGUGUGUGCUGAUAACACAAAAACAUUCUGAUACGUUUUCUGUUUGCAAAUGUCAUUUACCUGGUGAAGCUGAUUACUGCAGAAUUUGUAAUACAAACGGGAUAUUUACUGAUCAUUGAUAGUCCGUGUGGUUUAACUGGUGGAUAUGAAUUAGAGAGCUUUCAGUGGAAGGUUGUGUCAUGAAAGAUCUGGUGUGUUUUGUUUUCUGAUGCCUUCGAGGUCACAUGCUGAAGUCUUUUGACCAAACUUUCUCUUUUAAGAGCGUGUCCCUCGAGUGAUGACGUCUUCAGCCACAAUAUGGCAUUCAGUCCUCGGUGCGUUACACAGGGAACAGGUCUGAAAAACAUUCCUUAUGUCGGCAUCGUUUCCAGCUGUCAACAGAUAUAAUUCAGUUCAAUUUGAAAAAGUCCGGCCAUAUGCUGGAAAACGUGGAAAAGCAGCUGUGUGUUUUUUUUUUUUUUUUAAUCGCCACAAUCCGGAAUCCAGAAAAUAAAAUAAAGGCACCUUUUAAAAACAUGUUUAAAAGACAAAUUUCAAAUGUCAAAAUAUUGGUAUUAAUAUCACAAUCUGAUUCAAGAGUGACCGCCAAGCUUAAUUUUCCGGGUUAGUGGCAGGGAAGGGUAUGUAUGUAUGAACACACACUGCCAUACACUGCAUCCUGUGCCAGUAACAAACGUGUGACAUUAUUAUGCAAAUUAAAUGUGAAUUUUGAAUUUUAUUUUUUAUUUAGUGGCAGUGCUGCUGUGGUUAUGAUCAUUCUGCAAAACCCUGAAAACAUCCGAGCUGUCAAAGGAGUCCCUUCCCUGACGUUAAGUCUCUUCUUUUUUUCCUCCACACGAUCAUUCGCCUUCAGAAGAAUAAAUCUUUCUUAUUUUUGCUUUCUUUCCUUUGAGUUGCUGCAGAAGCACCUAAAAAUAGUCUCUAUUCUUGAUUUGAAGUUGUUUUAAGCAGGGUUUUUUUUUUUUCAGACUUUAAAUUUAGUACAGCAGAUUUGAGUUAACUCAGAAUCUAAUCUCCUAAUCUCUCUCUUUAUGCUUUGUUGUUUUUGUUUCCGAACUUUGUUCAACAGUUAAGCCUGAAUUUAAUUGAGAGUUCUCCUCCAGGUUGUUAUUAUUAUUGCCGAUUUACUUGACGAACCUAAGGAUUAUUAGGUCUAAAUCCUCAGUGAUAAUUGUAUCCAGCAGGCACAUGGAUUUUAAAGACGUUGUUUUGUAUCCAAGCUGCUACAGACAGCAAUUCACCAUGUCGUCAUCAUCAGCUAUGAAUGUUGCUGUCAGAGCAGAGAAGUGAUCGGAAAUCUAUAUCAUCAGUUAUUAUAGCAAGGAAUUAUGUAACGGAACUAUUCGCUGACACAAGGUUGCAUACAUAUACAUAUACAUAUACAUAUACAUAUAUAUCUAUAUAUAUAUAUUAAAAAAAAACUAUUUUUAUCGUCACAGCCUUAACAUGAAUCAUCACUUCUCAUUCCUAAUGUUAUAAAUGCAUAUAUGCACUCAGAUACUCAAUAUAAUCCGUAUUACAUUUACGUUCCUGUCACUGUUAUAAUUUUUCGACGCACACACACACACACACACAUUCUUUCAUAGCAUAGAAGUGCUCAAACCAGGCUUUGCUGUUGGUGUUUAAAAGGCUCUUGAAAGGUUUUGGAUGCUGAUGAGAGCGAGAGAGUCAGAGGCCUGUGUUGUCCCCGUGUGGUGUGGAGUGUCACUGCAGUGUUUUUUUUAGUUCUUACAUACUGUAGGUUAGCAUGUACUCUGAGGUGUUGAGUGGGUGUGAUCCUGCAUCCCACAAGAUAUGCAAAAACAAUGCAAUAACUAUGACUGUAUACAAGGUUCCCGAAGUAAAUAUAGUUGUGAAAGUGGAGGAAAAAAAGAAUACAUACAUAUAUAUAUAUAUAUAUAUAUCAGUGAUGAAGAAGAUGUAUUAUUUUCUGUUUGUUUCCAUGCCAGAGAAACCGAACAUACUUGAAAUCACAUGUGUUGCAGUGCAGUAUAGUGACGGUGUAUUUAUUUAUCUUUUCAUGGGUCUGAAAUGGUUUAACAUCAGCUGGAGUGAACAGCUCUUUCACGUGUUAGUUUUAAUCAAAUGAAUUAUCUUAUCCCAGUUUCUACUUAGUGUACAUACAGUGAUUUCUCUGACAGUGGACAGCAGUGAGUGGAGUAUUUGUUGAAAGGUGGUUUUGCAUAUCUUGUGUCUUAUUAUGGGCUCUAAGAACAGUUCAGGGUUCUUUUGUGUUUACUGUAUGUCGAUGGCCGAAAACAUGAAGGAAAACUAGAGUAUUUUUAGACAGGCGUCACUAAUUGUUAGUUUUGUCCUCGCUGGCUGACAUGUGCAGAGACAGAGCAGUGGGAAUAACUUGGAACAAAUGGACCAAAAUGACCAUAAUUAGCAGCUUUGGGGGGGGAUUGAGUGCAUCACCGUGAUGGAUAGAGAGGCAGGUGCUAUACUGUGUGUCGCACAAACACACUGAUUACAAACAAGCUUAUUUUUAAUGUACCAAGCACAUACUGAUCCAUAUAAAAAUGAAAAUGGUCUGAUUCUGGUUUAACUGAAGAUGAAAUGUCCCAAUUCCAUACUGUGAAAUGUACCCACACAAAGGUAAACAUUGUAAACGUGUAUUCGACCUGAUUAAGUGUUAUAUUAUAUUGGUCACGUUCCACCACUGGGUUCUGUUAGAGUUAGAUCUCUGACAUGGUGAUGAUAUUAACUUAGAUAUAGACAAAUGCAAAACUAUCAAUUUAUGUGAAUUUAAGAUGAUAAUGUCACUUUAAAUCUGUUACAUUGACACGUUUGUUGACGAUCUGACUGCCAAAAUGCAUCCUUUAAGGACUGUUUUAGUUUUUACUGCGAGAAGACACAGUCAGCAGCACAUACAGUCACAUGGAACUGGGACAAAGCGUCCAAAAAAAAGCACAGGUGUAGCCAAUAACUUCAAUCAUGCUGCUCCACUAAACCACUAAGUCCACUAUAAAUGAACGUAGCCAUUUUUUAAAUCUGUUAGUUACACCUAUGCUUUGUAAACAAACAAGCCAGUGUUCUCUGUCACGCCGCUUUGAGUCAAAUCAAACCAUUCCCUCGUGUUAAAGCGGAGACGGAUGUUUUUCAUUUUCAUCGUUGGGUGACAAUCUAGUAGGAAGCAGUGGGUGUUUGGUGACUUGGUAAGGACAUUUAAAGAGUUUAGAGUCUUUUUUAUUGAUUGUAGAAGGUUUGGAUUUCAGGGUGGUAUAGGGUCAUACACAUAUUAUGUAAGUAAUGUUUAACAUGUGCAUGGGUAAGAAGUAUUGGUUCUAUAUGUGACUGAUAAUAUCUUUUGUCUCACCACUAGCCAAUGAUUGUAUAUUUUUAUAUACCAUAUAUAGCAAGAUAUAUAUAAAUAUAUAUAUGAAUAUAUAAUAUUUAAUCACCAGAAUGUUAUAGAGUAAGGAAAAGGGCACAACACCUAUUUGGGAAUGUAAUUAUUAAAAUACUGGGUUAAGAGGCUGUCCCACUUUAUCCACUGUAUUUCUAAAGUUAUGGGUUGAAGAUGUGUUUUUAUCUGAGGGCUCACACUUUCACUAAAGGCUCGGCUCGUUCCCAGACUCCAUGCAAACACAUGGCUUAAUGUAAAGAUAUUUCCAUGUAGAACACGAGUAAUGUCAGCACCAGGGCAGGAAAUUCAAGUUUCAGGCCUGGUUUUGUCUCAUUUGCAGGACAUUUCUAUCAAAUGUUGGGAAAUGAAAUACCUUGUUUCUUCCACCAGGUCACUGCUGGAGACUUUCGUCUCCAUUUAGAAUGAAAUUGAAACACAGUUUAAAGGAUAUUGUUGUGUCUGUUUUUGCCACAAAGUAUUUAUUCCUUCCAUUCCGUAAACUUGAACAAUUCCAUUUAAUCAAAACAAUUAUUCAGUCAAAAUGUAAUAUUACAAACCAUUAUAUACGGUUAAAAAUUCCUGAAUCAAUGUGUUUUAGACAGCGAGGGAUAGAGAAUGUUACCUGUUUCACCUGACCCUGUUUUUACCUUACAUUUAGUUUAAGAGGACAAUAUAAACUGCCCCAUGUUCUGUGAACAGGCUACUUACUAUAGUUAGUGUAGCUCACGUUUGUGUGAUGCCUAAGUCCAAAGUGAACUAUUUAUUUAUUAAAGGGGGCAUUAACAGCUCCAUAAUGUACAUUUCUGAGCCUGGUUAGGUUAUAUAACUAGUAGAAUCCAAUACUUUCCUCCCAAAUUGACCUGACUGUCUGUUUUCAAAUGUUAAGCAACAGAGAAAUCCAAAAUCUUAAAUGUUUGCUCAUCAUUGUUCUGUGUUUAGUGUUUUUCUACUGUAGCAGGGAGACGUGUGUCUCCUGUCCAACUUAUAUUAUUUAAGCUAUUUAAAGACAUCUAACCAAAAAAAAACUAACUAUAAUACUAAAUAUGUCGCUCGCUCUGCUUCAAGCCAUGAAAACCAUGUAGCUUCUAUUUAUCUUGUUUCAUCUUAUUAUUUGUUUGCCUUUAAGAAAGAAUAUGAAGGACUUGAACUAAAGUAAAAAGCCACAAAAAGGUUUGAUAACGGAGACCAUCCAAGUAUUAAGAGUUGUGUGUUUAAACAAACAGAACAUUUUUAUAUUUUCAUGUGAACUGAAAUGUUUGUUGAUCAUUGUUUGAUCCUGACAACAAAAAAUAUUUUAAGAGGACUAUUUUGAAUAUGAAUUAGUUUAUCUUUUAUUGUAGGUUUAAAAAAAAAGAAAGAAAGAAAGAAAGAAAGAAAGAAAGAAGAAGAAAAUCAGCCAUGCUUGUUGUCAUAGGAUUUGAAUUAACCUGAAUUAAUAAUUCCCCAUGUUGUGGAGAAUCACCUCAGUAUUGAUGGAGUGCUUUUUGGGAAUUUGAACGGAACGUGAAAGAAUGAAUAUAUUAAUAAAUAACAUUUAUAUUACUUCUAUUUUAGAUAUUAUACAGUGUAUGCGUAUAGAACAACUAUAUUAUAAGAGAAUCAUAAGAUAGUCUGGAGCAGGAUUUUGCAGAGGAUUAAAAAAAAGAACUCUUGUUCUUUUAGGGGAAAAGGGCUCAGAUCAGGACUGGAGGUGGCAUUUGUUGUGUUAGACAUCAUUAUUGUUAAGUUUCCUUUGAGUAGAGGUUUGUCUUUUUAUUUUGAGUGUCACCAAAGCAAAAGCAGGAUUUUAGUGAGCUAUAGGAACAUGUCAUUUAACUCCAAGUUUGAUACUGCAGUGGCUCAGAGUGACGCUCAAAUGGCUUGAAUUCUUUUUUCAUGCAUGUCAGGUCUUGCACGUGAAGCCUUCACCCAUCGGUCGCGGCAGAAUUGUAUUUUUCUAUGAAUUUUAUGGGCGAGGAGGAACAGCAGUUCAAAAACAGACCAGAUAGGUAGAGAGUUGCUUCACUUGCCCAGUUUGAUUUAGAAAUAAGCCACGUUUUCUCGCUCUAACUCACCCAUCGUGUAGCAUCAACCACAGCAGCACCAUGUGAGGAUUUAGGAGGACUGUUAGUAUUUGAAGGACCUUGAAAGCCUUGUGUUUCACGCAGUCUGUUAUUCAUGCUCUCAUUGGAGCUGUAAAUCAUACAUAGAAUAGAAAAGAGGGACGUGUGGAUGGAGUUUUCUGCUUUACCGGCGAGUGUUUGUAGUAACUGUGACUUUGAGCUCAGAGGUUGUCAGAGGUGUGGCUGCAGCUUUAUGGAGCACACUCUUUCCUCAACCGGAGCCAUGAAUGUCUCUGCAUCUCCGUCUUCUUCUUCUUCUUCUUCUUCUUGUCUCGAACAUGAAUGAUUAUUAUUAUUUCAGCGCUGUCAUCGUCAUGAAUGUCGGAUGCAGUGGAAAAACUCCACCUUUUUUAGUAUUUGAAAGUUAGAUUUCGAGUUAGAUUUAAGUUGAGGUGUUUUCCUCAAAUUUUUAACCAGGCUUUCUCAGUGUGUGUGUGUGUGUGGCUCUCACAGAUCUGCUCUUUGCUGGCACAAUAGAGCUUCACCAAACUUUACUUUACCCCGUUUGUGGUUUCAAUGUUGCUGAGAAAAGGAAAUUUAAUGAACGAGUCACGGCGUCACAUACAUUAGUGGGUGUUUUGAGACUUCAAACGUACACAGUCAUAAACUAAAACUCUAUCCAGGCCUGUUGUCUCAGUGGCAGGGGAUCCACAGCUCCAUACACGCGCGUGUCUGAACGAGAAGGCUUUUCUGUUGUGUGGUUACCAGGUAAAUGUCAGUGCUGCAUGGCCUCUGUUCUCCACCGGUCAGCAGUGACCUAUGAUUCUGUUUGUCCGUAGUCUCUGAUGGAUUGAGCUGUUUGUUUGUGUUCUUUUCUUGUCAAGAGAGAGACGUGCGUCGUCGAUGCUCCAGUUUAUUUUGUGGAGAGAGAGGUGUUCACACAGAGACCAACGUGUGGUGAUAUUAGUUGUGUCGCUACUGUUAAAUGUAGUAUAUAAUAACAGCACUAUUUAUGGUCCAAAAAAAAAAGAACUAGAGUGUGUUAUUGUGCUUGCAGUAGCUUUGGAGGCAGGUGGCUGUUUUGUAACUUGAGUUCUUUAACAUAAGCCACACCCCCUCCACUCUACGAGGGAUUUAAUUGGUUCUGAGGUUGCUAAGUGACACUGGCCCAACAUCAUUUGGUUUCCUCAGUUACCAUUUGUCUCCUUGGUGACGACUGCAUGGUCUCACAGUUGACACACCCUUUCCCCCCACAACCCCCCCUUCUUCUUCUUGAUCUUCUCUUUCUUUUUUCUAAAGGAGAGUUCUUGAUAUUUUUUUUUCUGUUCAUUUCAUUUUAGACUUUAGUAAGAAAGAAUACAAAUGAAAUAAAUCAGAAUAUUAAUUCAAUCACUUUUUCUACUCCUAUUUUCAAUAAAAAUUGAAUAGAAAAACCAAACAAAAAGUUGAUUUGUAAAUACGUAAUGUACAGUUUGUAUCUGUAACUUGUCAGUCUGUCAUUGGUGACAGAGUCUGUCUUGCUUAUAACGCACGCUAACAGUAAAUAAAAAAGGAAAAAGUAUAUUUAGACUGUAUGGUCCCUUGAAAGCAAGUUUUAAAUUAAUAUCUGAUGUAUAUUCCUGUAACAUUGCAUUUUUAUCUGAGGAAUGAUGUUAUUAAAAAAUUGCAAAUAAAUUGCAUUUCCUACA